GAUUUUAUUUGAAUUCUGUACGUUGAUCUCGUAAUAUGUCGUUUAAGUGUUACAGAGGGCAUGUUGACUGAUCUAAUCCUUCCUAUCCUUUACCUUAGUUGGUGCUUCUAGCUCCGGUUCAUUAUUCCUCCUUGUGCCGAUUGCCAUAUUCCCCCCCUUUUUUUCGCUCUGGCUAUAUAUAGCGCGGGCAAUCUCUUCUGGUCUUUAGAAUAGCAAUCGAGGUUUAUUAAUAUAAUUUUGGUAUUGUCGGUCUACCUGCUACAUUCACUAUAAGUCCACCGAAAAUGCAUCAAAAGGCCUCUAUACCCGUCACCGAUAUUCGUCGUUCAAAGUUUGAGACGGAUAUUCCCAAGCUGGUUCUCGACGGUCUUUCGAAACAGCCAAAGACGCUACCUGCCCUCCUCUUUUACAGUUCUGAUGGGUUGGUACACUGGGAUCGACACUCGCGCGGGCCGGACUUCUAUCCGAGGCUUGAAGAGAUGCAAAUAUUGAGAAACGAAGCUCAUAAUAUGGCAUCCGGGAUUGCUAAACAUAGUGUCAUCGUCGAUUUGGGUAGUGCGAGUCUCGACAAAGUACUUUUUCUCCUCCAAGCUUUAGAAGCCCAGGAGAAGGAGGUUACAUACUACGCGUUAGACCUUAGUGAAGAACAGCUCCGAAACAGUAUGGAGGAGAUCCCAAUGCAAAUGUUCAAAUACGUUCGGUUCGGUGCCCUCUAUGGCACUUUCGAAGAUGGAAUCCACUGGCUCAGGGACGCCCCAGAAGUCCGUGAUCUUCCUCACUACAUACUCUUGCUUGGCCUGACGAUUGGAAAUUUCUCACGCGAGAAUGCGGCUGCUUUUCUCAGUCAAAUCUCGACUAACGCACUUUCCAAGAAUCCUAAAAAUAGCAGCAUCCUCAUCACCAUAGACAGUUGCAAGAUACCCACCAAGAUCUUACGAGCCUAUACUUCUGAUGGUGUUGUUCCUUUCGCACUGACUGCUCUAGGAUACGCAAAUCAUCUAAUGGGCCUGGGGAAUGAGACUGGACCGGCAUUUUCCCCAGAUGAAUGGGACUAUCUCAGUGAAUGGAAUUUUGUCCUUGGCAGACAUGAGGCAUCUUUGAUACCAAAGGGCCAUGACAUCAGACUUGGAGGAUCUCUACAUGAUAUAAUUGUUAAUAAGCAUGAGAAAGUUCGGUUUGGAUGCAGCUAUAAAUAUGCCGAGGAAGAAGUGAAAGCACUCUUCGAAGCUGCAGGCCUUAAUUGCGUUGCAACUUGGUCGAGGGACAAUUGUGACGUUGCAUUUUUUCAGCUUCAACCGGACGCAAAAUGAGUUUCGUCAACGGAAACAGGAUGACAACUUCGUAGAGGGGCACAUCAUCGUUCUAAGAUAGCUAUUUAAUACUCUUACAAUUCCCCAGGCUCCAUUGAAUGAUCGCAAUCGUUUCUUAUGAUGAUAACUACUAAAUGAAUUUCA